AUGCAUGACUUAUUACAAGACAUGGGAAGGGAUAUUGUUCGUCAAGAGUCCCCUAAAGAGCCUGGCAAACGCAGUAGGUUAUGGUCCUGUGAAGAAGGGACUGAAAAAGUUGAAGCCAUUGUCCUAGACCUUCAUGAACUAAAGGAGGUAAAUUUUAGCGCUAAAGCCUUUGCAACCAUGACCAAUCUAAGAUUGCUCAAAAUCUAUUAUAAGGACCGACCUGAAGGAUUUGAAUAUCUUCCCAGAUUCAAAACUAAUUGUAAAUUGCACAUUUCUGGAAGCCUUGAAUUUCUUUCUAACAAAUUAAGGUGUCUCUACUGGUGUGGAUUUCCUUUUAAAUCUAUUCCUACAAAAUUUUAUCCGGAGAACAUUGUUGAGCUUAAUAUGUCUUAUGGCUGUAUCAAACAACUGUGGAAAGGGGCCAUGGUAUUAAAGAAUUUGAAAUUCGUGAAUCUCAGUCACUGCCAAAAUUUGAGGAAGACCCCAAACUUUAGUGGCGUCCCAAACCUUGAGUGUAUAAUUCUUAAAGGUUGUAUAAGUUUGGUUAAGAUUCAUCCAUCCAUUGGAACCCUUAAGAGGCUUAUUAUUUUGAAUUUAAAGGAUUGCAAAAAUCUUAGAUAUCUUGUGAGCGCAAUUGACUUGGAAUCUCUUGAAAGUCUCAUUCUCUCGGGUUGUUCGAAACUCCAGAUAUUUCCUAAGGUUUCAAGUAAUAUACCGCAUUUACGGCAGCUUUCUUUGCAGAGGACUUCCAUCAAAGAGCUACCAUCUUCCAUUAAAUAUCUCAGUGGCCUCGUUUUACUAGAUCUUGAAGAGUGCAAAAACCUUGAGCUUCUCCCAAGCAGCAUAUGUGCACUACGAUCUCUUGAAAUACUCACUCUUUCGCAUUGUUCAAAACUUGCGGAAUUGCCAGAGGACUUGGGGAGUUUAGAAUGUUUACGGGAACUACGUGCUAAUUCGACAGCCAUAAACCAGCUUCCGCCCUCUAUCAUACAAUUGAAGAACUUAGACCUUGUAAAUUUUUUCGGAGCUGGUCUUGGUCCACAGAUGUUGAAAGCACGGCCUGGUCAACGUUUCUUUACAUUAUUGCGAAGUAGAGAUCAUAUGAUCACCCGUCUAGAUUUGUCUUUAUUGGCAAGGCUAUGCUCUUUAGUAUCUCUAAAUGUUGGUGCUUGCAAUCUCUUGACAAUCCCGAAUGAUAUAGGCUGCUUGUCAUCUUUAUGGGAGUUAAACCUCAGCUAUAAUAAUUUCGUAAGCAUUCCUUCAAGCAUCAGUCAGCUUUCUAAUUUACAUUCCCUAGAUUUGACGGGUUGUGAAAGGCUCCAAGCAUUGCCAGAGCCCCCAUCAAGUUUCACAACUUUAGUUGCAGACGGUUGCACAUCACUGGAAAAUUUAGCAAAUGCACACGCAUGGAAUUUUUGGCGUGCUGGAUUCUCAAAUUGUCCAAAAUUACUGGAGAAUCACUACAUUGAUGAUUUGGUUGAGAUGUGGGUAAAGAAUCAUUUGCAGGAUCACUAUUCAAAAUUCCACACUAUUCUUCCUGGAAAAGAGAUUCCAAAGUGGUUGAGCCAUCAUGACAUGGGGGAUUCAGUGUCCAUUCAAGUGCCUCCAAAUUGGUAUGAUGGUACUGUGGGAGUUGCUAUGUGUGUUGUUUUUAAAUCCCAAGAACGAAGCGUCCCUACACGUCCAGCAAUGUGGUGGGGGAUAAGGGGUAGAAAUCGCUAUAAGAUGCUCUUUGAGUACCGCAUUGACUACUUUGACCAUCGAGCAUUCAAAACCAAUGAAGAGCACUUGUGGUUUGGUUUUUUAAAUUUAGAUACUCUAAUGAAUGAUUUGCCAUGGACACAGACUUUCUUGCCACGGAGAGAAGAUAGCAAGAAGAUGACUGCUUCCAUUUAUCUCGCCCUAGAGUCUGGGCAUGUAAUAGAGAAGUGUGCAGCCCGUCUAGUGUUCAAAGAAGGCGUGGAAGAAAAGGACAAAGACGUGUGUACCUCUGACGAGGCUCAGAGUGAAGCUUCUCAGUUUUCAGACGUCGGUGUUUGUAUGUCCUUCAUUGCUAGGAUUUCUGAAUUCAGAAAUUGGUAA